AUGGAUACAAAUAUUUCAACUUCAAGUAUUACAAGCCAUAAUAAAUACUUUUGUAACCAAGAGUCACCUUAUUAUGAUCCAGAAAUUUGUGAGUUGCUGUGUAAUAAUGCUGAAAAAUAUGAAAUAAACAUUUCUUAUAGAGCAUUAACUAUUCUUCCGAGAGAUUUAUUCAAUGGUCUCAAGAAACUUCAACUUAAAGAAUUGGAUAUUAGCGAUAACAAGCUGACAACCCUGCCAGAAGAUAUCUUCAAUGUUCUCUAUGAUCUUCGUAGGUUACGGAUAAAUUCCAACCGACUAAAAUAUUUAGAGUCGAGUAUUUUCUAUGAGUUAUUACAACUUCUGGAACUUGAUCUCAGCAACAACAAAUUGGUAACUUUAUCAAAAGAUAUAUUUAAUGGUCUACAAGAUCUAUGUGAACUACGUUUACAUUCAAACCAACUGAUUUAUCUUGAGCCAGGUAUUUUCGAUGAUUUAUUGAGCUUGAAUGAUCUUAAUAUCAGCGAAAACAAUCUCACAACUUUAUCAAAAAAUAUAUUUAGCAGUUUAAAAGAGCUUCGUUAUCUUAAUUUACGUUCAAACAAACUGAGAAAUCUUGAGUCAGGUUGUUUUAAUGGUUUAUCACAACUUUAUAUGCUUGACAUGAGCAACAACAACCUGACAACAUUGUCCGAAGGUACAUUUAAUGGUCUCGAUAAUCUUCAGAGACUCUAUUUAGAUUCAAACAAAAAAAUCAAUCUUGAGGUAGGUUGUUUUAGAGUUUUAUCACAACUUCAUGAGCUUCAUAUAAGAAACAGCAGCUUGAUAAAUUUAUCCCAAGGUGUAUUCAAUGGUCUUGAAAAUCUUGAAAACUUAUAUUUAAAUUCGAACAAAUUGAGCAACCUUGAGUCAGGUUAUUUUAAUAGUUUAUCACAGCUUCAUAUGCUUGAUAUGAGCAACAAUAUCCUGACAACAUUGUCCGAAGUCGCAUUUAAUGGUCUUGAUAAUCUUCAGAGCCUACAUUUAGAUUCAAACAAACUAAUCAAUCUUGAGGCAGGUUGUUUUAUUGCUUUAUCACAACUUCAAGAGCUUGAUAUCAGCAACAACAGUUUAAUAAAUUUGUCUAAAGAUGUAUUUACCGGUCUUGAAAAUCUUAAAAACUUACAUUUAAAUUUGAACAAAUUUAGCAACCUUGAGUCAGAUGUUUUUGGAAAUUUAUCGAAACUUGAUAUGCUUAAUAUCAGCAACAACAAUUUGACAACAUUAUCAGCAAAUGUAUUCAAUGGUCUCGAAAAUCUUCGUUGCCUAGAUUUACAAUCGAACAAAUUGAAUAAUCUUAAAUCUGAUAUUUUCAAUAAUUUACCAAAGCUUGAGGAACUUUAUAUCAAUGAAAACCAACUGACAAGUUUAUCAAAAGAUAUAUUAAAUGGAUUACAAGGUCUCCGCGUCCUACAUUUAAAUUCGAAUAAACUAAAAAACCUUGAGUCAGGUAUUUUUUAUAAUUUAUCACAACUUUAUACACUUGAUCUCAGCGAAAACAAACUGAUAACUUUAUCAAAGGAUAACUUUAAUGGUCUACAAGAUCUAUGUACUCUACGUUUAAAUUCAAACCAACUGAUUCACCUUGAGUCAGGUAUUUUCGAUGAUUUAUUGAACCUGAAUGAUCUUGAUAUCAGCUAUAACAAUCUUACAACUUUACCGAAAGGUAUAUUAAGUAGUUUAAAAGAGCUUUCUUAUCUUAUUUUACGUUCCAACAAAUUGUACAAUCUUGAGUUAAGUUGUUUCGAUGGUUUAUCAAAUCUUCACAAGCUUGAUAUCAGCAAUAACAGUCUGACAACAUUGUCCAACGGUGUACUCAAAGGUCUUGAAAACCUGCAAAUAUUAUAUUUGGAAUCAAACAAACUGAACAAUCUUGAGCCAGCUUGUUUCAAUGGUUUAACAGAACUUUACGAGCUUAACAUCAGCAACAACAAUCUGACAACAUUGUCUAAAGAUAUAUUUAAUGGACUACAAAAUCUUCACAUUCUAAAUUUAAAUUCGAAUCAACUGCAAAACCUUGAGUUGGGUUUUUUCGAUGAUUUAUCACUACUUGAGGAGCUUGAUAUCAGCAAAAACGAAUAG